UGAAUUGUGGCCGUGGUGGUGAGAUUUGUCUUUGUUGAGAAAAAAUGUCGACGCGAAAAAAGGUUUUAAUCCAUUAGUCAGAAAGUCUGGCAUUCUUUGUUGUUGGAAAAUCGCAUUUGGAGUCUGCAAAAGCGGGAUUUUGCGUACGGAGUGCGACACGAGCGAGAUUAUGUAAAUGCAGCACCUGGAACGGCGACUGCAACACCAGACCACACCAGAGCAGACCAGAGCUGCUCUACUCUACCUAGCCAAUCGCACAGACACGGUGGCGUUGGUGUUGACGACACACAAAGUGAAACCAGCGCAGCAGAGAGCAGCAGUGAGGGGAAAGUCAGCGUCAGCAGCACCCAAAACACGCAAAACACGACAAAGACAAAAGUAGGAGAGGAAGAGGAAGAAGCAACCAACCGAUCUGUAACUGUAAACAGAAGGUAGAACUGAACGCUGUCGGAAUGGACAACUGCGACCAGGACGCAGGCUUCCGGCUGGGCCACAUCAAGGAGGAGGUCAAGCCGGACAUUUCGCAGCUAAAUGACAGCAAUAACAGCAGCUUUUCGCCCAAGGCGGAGAGCCCGGGCCCCUUUUUGCAGGCCAUGUCCAUGGUGCACGUUAUGCCAUCGGGCAACAGCAGCGAAAAUCAGGGCCAGAUGGCACAGGCGGCCGCGGGCGGCGCCUCCGCCCAGCAGCAGUAUCCGCCCAACCACCCGCUGAGCGGCUCCAAGCACCUGUGCUCCAUCUGCGGCGAUCGGGCCAGUGGCAAGCACUACGGCGUCUACAGCUGUGAGGGCUGCAAAGGCUUCUUCAAGCGCACGGUGCGCAAGGAUCUCACAUACGCCUGCCGCGAGAACCGUAACUGCAUCAUCGAUAAGCGCCAGCGGAACCGCUGCCAGUACUGCCGCUACCAGAAGUGUCUGUCCUGUGGCAUGAAGCGCGAGGCGGUGCAAGAGGAGCGCCAGCGCGGCGCCCGCAGUGCGGCGGGCAGGCUAAAUGCUGGUGGCGGAUCUGUCGGUGGUGGCAGCGUCGGCUCUGGCAGUGGCGGUGGCGGAGGAAGCGGUGGCAGUGCGGGCGGAAACGGAGCGGAGGAGUUCAUGGCCAACAACGUAUCCCGGGACUUCAACAUUGAGCGGCUGCUGGAUGCCGAGCAGCGGGCCGAGGCGCAGAGCGGCGACCGGGCCCUGUCCUUCCUGCGCGUCGGCCCCAACUCGACGGUGCAGCCGGACUACAAGGGGGCCGUGUCGGCCCUGUGCCAGGUGGUGAACAAACAGCUCUACCAGAUGGUGGAGUACGCUCGCCUCAUGCCGCACUUUGCACAGCUGCCGCUGGACGAUCAGGUGAUCCUGCUGAAGGCCGCUUGGAACGAGCUGCUGAUCGCCAACGUGGCCUGGUGCAGCAUUGUGUCGCUGGACGAUGCCAUGGCCACCGCCAUGGGCCACGAUAGCGCCUUCGAGCGGCGCUCGCCGGUGCUGCAGCCGCAGCAGCUGUUUCUCAACCAGAGCUUCUCCUACCAUCGCAACAGCGCCAUCAAGGCGGGCGUCUCCACCAUCUUCGAUCGCAUCCUAUCCGAGCUGAGCGUAAAGAUGAAGCGCCUCAAUCUUGACCGCCGCGAGCUGGCCUGCCUCAAGGCCAUCAUUCUGUACAACCCGGACAUGCGAGGCAUCAAGAACCGAGCCGAGAUCGAGAAAUGUCGUGAGAAGGUCUACGACUGCCUGUACGAACACUGCCGCGUCGAGCAUCCGGGCGACGAUGGCCGCUUUGCCCAGCUGCUGUUGCGCCUGCCCGCGCUUCGCUCCAUCAGUCUGAAGUGUCUCGAUCAUCUAUUUUUCUUCCGCAUCAUCAGCGAUCGGCCGCUGGAGGAGCUCUUCAUUGAGCAGCUCGAGUCGCAGCCACCUCCCGGCCUCACGCUGAAGCCCGAAUGAGCGGCGGCGUGCUGCCCAUCGAAAGUUUCAUUGUGAUUGCGUUGUUUGCAUUUGUCCCUCCUGAUCCUGAUCCUGAACCUGAUCCCCUUCCCCCACACACCCCCACGCCCACUCUUAAUAUUACGCAAAAUGUGUAUGUAAUUGUUUUUUUUUUUUAUUAACAUUAUUAUUAUUAUUGAGAUAGAAAAUGUUUUCCUUAAGAUGAUUAUAUGCCUACACACAAACGUUUAUGGCCAAGUAAACGAAAAACCAAUCCCAAAACUUGAGAAGUACACACACACACACACACACACCCACACACACCACCCACACAGACAC